UUCGGCGGUGGUGGCAAUCGUUAGAGAUGGGGGCCUUAUCUCUACAACAGCUUCACCAUCUCCUGCGACGACCUUCCUCUUCUCUGCUUAUGUUUAAAUCCCUCUGCGUUCCUGCUUCUGCUUUACGCCUCCACCAAUCCAUCACAGUCCAGAGCUUCGUCGCGUCUCUUCCUCCCGUUUCCCCUCCUCGUCAUCGUUUAUUGUGCAGCAACUCUUCCUCCUCUGCUGCUGUCACUUACCUUGGAGUUGGAACCCCCUCUUCUAAUUUACUUUCCGAGGAGGAGUCUUCUAAUAUCUCCACUUCUUCUUCUUCAUCUGAAGUACAACCUGGAGAUGACCCAGAAGGUUUUCCUGUUGAAUUGGAGGAGGCGGCCUAUGCAAGCCAAACCGAACCCAUCAUAGCUCUUGCUAAUGCUGGAAAGCCGCCGACUCUGAGCGUUAAGGAAAAGAAAGAGCUAGCCUCUUACGCUCAUAGCCUCGGAAAGAAGCUCAAAUCCCAACAAAUUGGCAAGUCUGGCGUCACUCCUUCCGUCGCCGCUUCGUUCCUUGAAACCCUCGAGGCCAAUGAGCUCCUUAAGCUUAAAGUGCAUAGUAACUGUCCAGGGGAGCUAGCUGAUGUGGUGAAGCAAUUAGAGGAAGCAACCGGGUCGGUGACUGUAGGGCAGAUUGGUAGGACUGUGAUUCUUUACAGGCCCAGCCUCACCAAGUUGAAAGCAGAGGAGAAGAAGAAACAGGCACAAAAGGUCUUCAUAAGGAAAAGAGCAACACUGAAACCUCCAGAGUCUAAGAGUGCCCAAUUUCGAAGAUUAUCCAACCAUGGUCAUCGUGGAACCAGCCGAAUUUGACUUUGAUCGUUUGUAUGGAUGUCCAAGGCUAGUUUUCGGGGGAAUAUCAAAGAGCGGGUGCUGCCUUUCCAGUCUAUUGUGAUUGAUAGUAAAGGAUAAAGCACCCUCAUUGGUUAAGCCAACACAUGUAUGAACAAAACCAAUAAUUGACUGUAAAGUGAAAAUUUCGGUAUUGGAGCCAACGCAAGCUUUGUGCUGACGGAGGUUGUUGCUUGUUAACACAGCGGUUAAGCAGUGUCAUGUGUUUUAGUUAGUUCACAAAGACGUACAAAAAGUUCCUGAGGUGAUGCUUGGACUGUAACUGUCCUUUGUUAUGAACUCCUGGUUGGGAAGGAGUGAUUGCAUGAAUGCGAGGAAACAUGAAAUUUGAUUGCAAUGCAAUUUAAAAACUUAUCCCAUACCAUC